CCUUUCCUUCUUUCCCUCUUUUUCUUUCUUCCAUUCUUCAAGUCUCCUUAUCUUUCUACCAUCCUUUUACCCUCGGGUUGUGUAUAUCCAGACCUCAACAAUCAUGUCCUUCUCUAACUUCAUCUCCUCCGCCAUCGAACAAGCUGCCAGCAACUACGCUGGCGGCGGCAACAACAACAACAACAACAGCAACAACAGCGGUAACAACGGUAACUCCCACCACGGUAACCAAGGCGGCUAUGGAGGUGAGCAGGGCGGCUACAGCCAGCACUCGCAGGGAGGUUACGGUGGUGAGCAGCAACAGGGUGGAUACGGCGGUCCCCAGGGAGGUUACGGAGGUGAGCAGGGCGGCUACAGCCAGCACCACCAGGGCGGUUACAAUGAGGGUGGCUACGGCGGUCCCCAGGGCGGCAGCGGCGGCGGUAGUGCCUACGGUGAUAGCUACUACGGCGGUUCCGGAUCCCAGGGGGGAGGAGGCUACGGCGGCCACGAACAGCCAUCCUACGGCGGUCCCCAGGGAGGCUACGGCGGCGGCAGCAACGAAGGCUCGUACGGCCACAACCCCCCGCACCAGAACCCAGCCUACGGCAGCACAGGCCCAAGCUACGACGAGAUCUCCUCUGCAACCUCGCACGCCGAAUCCAACAGCAGCGGCACGGGCUCAUCGGACCUCUUCAACAAAGCCCUGGGCUACAUCACCAACCGCCACUCCUCCCGGGAUGAUGACGACGACAUCGAUGAGAAUCAGAUGGUGCAGUCGCACCAGGCGGUCUAUAACUCCGGUUCUGGCGAACAGCAUGACUCCCGGACGUUGGGCGCCGGCGCGGCCAUGCAGGCGCUGAAGAUGUUUACCUCUGGUGGCUCCGGUAGCUCCUCGUCUAGUGGGAGUGGUGGUCAAAAUGAGUUUAUUGGGUUGGCGAUGGCGCAGGCUAGUAAGCUUUGGGAGGAGAAGAGUUCGAGUGGACAGGCGUCUGGCGAUAAGCAGUCGGCUAUUAAUCAGGCCGCUGAGAUGGCGUUGAAGAUGUACAUGAAGUCUCAGGGCAGUGGGUCGAGUGGUACCGGUGGUCCUUCGGGACUGUUGAGUUUGGCGAGUAAAUUUUUGUAAAGCUUGUGCUUGUUUAUCUGUGAACGGAUGCAUAUGUAUGUUUCUUGAAUGGUUAUCUGAGAAUGCCAGCGGGGCAAACUGAUCCGUCCUCCACAUAUUACAUCUCGGCAAGGACAGUGUUACAAAUUACUCGCUCCAACAAGAACUAUUUUCCGUGUCAUACUACCUGAUAAUAUUCGUGAAUCGCAU